UUAGCUUCGAGUAAAAUCUCCGCUUCCCAAAGUACUGACACAGAUACGGAGAGAGCUCCGAGAUCAGAAUCAAUGGCGGCUAAGGGUUCGCAGAAGUUCAAAGGCAAAGGAAAAGGUUCAAAGGGAUCAUCUUCUUCCUCCUCCUCGUCGUCCAAGUUCCAGCUCUUUAAAGAUUGGACCAACUGGUCUCUGAAGAAAGCAAAGGUCGCGACUCACUAUGGAUUCAUCCCACUGAUCAUCAUCAUCGGCAUGAAUUCCGAUCCAAAACCAGAUCUUUUUCAGCUCCUAAGUCCCGUUUAAUCCUUCCAAUAUCAAUCGAAUCUUCGUAAUUUUUUAGUGCUUUACUUCCUCAAAUUUGUUCUGUUUUUUUAUAAUAUAUCUGAAAUGGACUUUUUUGUUGUUUGUUUCUGAAUCUACAAUUCAAAGUUUUCUUCUUUGCAAAUCUGCUCUGGAACAAUGUAUCAAUAAAACGAAA